CUAAUGAUUAAUGCUACUAUAGUACGGCUACUUCCGGUGUUACGAGACGUGAUGACGUUGAAGAACUUCCCGUGUACUAUUGGAUAGGGCAUAACUUAUUUUGUAUACUUGGAUGGGUCUGUGUUCUCUAUAGAGAUAUUUGAAAUGGAUGUAUUAAAGGCUGAAAUAGCCAGGAAAAGGAAAGCACUGGAAGAAAAACAAUUGGUGGGGGAAACAAAAAAGUUUUUCAAACGUAGUGACCUAAUAAAGAAGGAAGAAGACGACUAUUACUCAAGAUGUGGAUAUAAGCUGAUAAAUGAGAAGCCAACGGGAAAGGUGCAGAAUAGUAAUGAAGAAGUUAAAGAAGUGCCAUCAUCAACAUCCACUCCAGCGUUAGAGCUGGAACUGACUGAGGAGAAGUUGCCCAUGACACUGUCCAGGCAAGAGGUGAUAAGGAGGCUACGUGAGCGAGGUGAGCCAGUCAGAUUAUUUAGUGAAACAGAUUAUGAUGCAUUUCAGAGGUUAAGGAAAAUAGAAAUAUUAGCCCCUGAAGUGAACAAGGGUCUACGAAAUGACUUGAAGGCAGCAUUGGAUAAAAUUGAUCAACAAUACCUUAAUGAGAUUGUAGCAGGCCAAGAACAGGGAGAAGACGAGUUCCAGAAUGAUCUCAAGGUGCAUGAAGAGAACACGACUAUAGAAGAACUUGAGGCACUGGGUGAAUCUUUGGGUCAAGGAGAUGAUGACAAAGAUAUGGAUAUCAUAACUAAAGUGUUAAAGUCCCUUCCUUCAGAUAUCAAGGAAUCAAUAGUAGAUAUAAUUAAGUUCAUGCUGCAGCGGGAGUAUGUCAAGGCCAAUGAUGCAUACCUUCAGAUGGCUAUUGGAAAUGCCCCAUGGCCUAUUGGUGUUACUAUGGUCGGUAUCCAUGCACGUACUGGUCGUGAAAAGAUUUUCUCUAAACAUGUUGCCCAUGUUUUAAAUGAUGAAACACAAAGAAAAUACAUUCAGGGAUUGAAAAGACUGAUGACCAUUUGCCAAAAGCAUUUUCCAACGGACCCCUCAAAGUGUGUUGAAUACAAUGCAUUGUGAAACUGAGUCAGAGAUGCAGUGUAAAUAUUUCAGAUUUUUUUUUAACUGUGCUCCCAAGAGGAUUUGGACAGCAAGGACUUUGCACUUUGUAGAAUGUUUGUACAGGAAGAUCACAAGGAAGAAGAAAGGAGAUAUUUGAAGCAGUUGACCUCAUAACAUGCAAUCAGUUUAUUCUCAACUCAACAGAAUUGGAAUGGAAGUCUUGUUACUUUUAAUACGUAUGUGUAUUCUGUAAUAUGUGCCUUUCUAUUUUAAGAGACAGUCAUGACUUCCCAAGCCGUGUUCUUUUAAGAUUUCCACACGUCUUUGAGGUUUGUUUGAAUAAACCAUGCCUGGAUUUAUGUUGGACUUAGUCCCACUGGGCACAUUAGACAUGAAUGUAGGCAUUAUGUUUAGGAGAA